GACGCGUCCUUAUCUUAGCGCAAUCUCAUCACCCAUCCCUACGUCAUCGGGAUCCUUCAGCUUGAGUCGUUCAUUUCACCCCUUGAAUUCCUAUUGACAAUCUCACAGCAUUCGUUCUUUUAUUUCUACCGCCAAGAUGCCUACCAUACUCGUUGUAGGCGCUACCCGUGGCCUUGGUGCGAGCAUCGUACAGAAAUACGCAGCAGACGCGAACAACCAUGUUCUCGCAACCGCGAGGACGUCAGAGCCUCCUGAGAACACAAGCAACAUAACAUACGUCCCCAACGUUGAUCUCGAAUCCCCCCACGUCGGCAGCGAUCUCGUCCACUUCCUUGAAUCAAACCACAUACCACAUCUAGACAUCGUCAUCAUAACAGCCGGCUACUUCGCCACCGAAUCGCUUAAGGAGCCCUCGUUCUCCGCGCAACAGCGCAUGUACACCAUCUGCGCCAUCGGCCCCACUAUCCUCGUCACGGCCCUCGCCAACUACAACAGCACGCUUCUAGACAACAACUCCAAGAUCGUCUUCGUCUCAUCCGAAAGCGGCAGUAUAGCACUGCGACACGAAUCUGAAGGAGGCGGCAACUACGGUCACCAUGCUAGCAAGGCGGCGCUCAACAUGUGCAUGAAGUUGCUGAGUAUAGAUUUGAGAGAUAGGGGUAUUGCGAUUGUCUCGGUGCAUCCGGGCUUCAUGCGGACGGAAAUGACUCGUAAUGUGGGCUUUGAUAAGUUCUGGGAUGAGGGAGGGGCGGUUGAACCGGAUGUUGCUGCGGAGAGCCUGGUGGAGUGGAUUGAGCUGUUUGAUAUUAGUCAUACUGGGCAGUAUUGGGCGCCGAGGGGACCUGGUGAUAUUGGUACUGCUGAGCCCGUAUUGGGGCCGAAGAGCAAGCUGUCUACUCCUCUUCAGUUGCCUUGGUGAGCGGUCGUGGCGAAUGGCGAUGUUGGAUCGCCAGGCAUGACGAUUGAUGAAUUAUUGAUAACCUCAACGAAAUUAGGGGCGGAGUUUUGAAUGUUAUUCUGAAUUAUAU